CCGCCUGUCCCAAGUCUGAAAGUGGGAGAGAGGUGAGAGGGAGAGCACUGGCUAGCCGAUCCUCCUUUCUUUCUUCCCCCUUGAGAAUCCUGCUUCACCUCAGGCAUGCUGAGAGGGGACUGGUAAUUGGUACUGGGUGGGCGGCUCUGGGUCUCUGUGUUGUAGGUUUAUGAGCACCUGGGGCAUUUUAUGCAGGUACAAGCACAAAGAAACACUUCACAGUGUCUUGUCUGUACAUAUAUUUUUGCCUUGCUUUAUUAAAAUUGUAAGUUAGCAUGGCUACAUUUACAUUUUCAGCUCCAGUUAAAGAGUAACCAGUAUGGUAAACGGGUGGUAAUGUAUCGCUAAGUUUCAGUUACCUCAUCUUCACUCAGAUGCGUGCCUCACUGAACAGUAACAAAGAGCAAAGUAGCAGUCGGAUUAUAAUGAAGUCAUGAGAGCUGUAAAGCGCUACCAUAAAGAUCUGCGCAUUUGAUGUACAGUAAAAUAGAUUACAGCAUGAUCACUGUAAUCUGAGAAGCAUCUGUGGUGUCCUGUGAGUAUGAGGGUAAUGUUGCCAUGCCGACAUCAGUAGAUCUAUUGAAGGAUCUUAACUGUUCUGAAAAUUCUCAGGUCAGUUUUAUGAAUACUUGUGUUACCCAGUCUUUUACAAUUUUGCUUGCUUCUGUUUUUUCAAAUACGUUGGUCCUCAAAUAGUGUUCCCCACUCCAACUGUACAUGAGCUGUAAAUCAACAGUGUUUGGCAGUAAGUUCGAAAAAACAGCUGAUGCAAGUCACCUGAGGCUGCCAAUUGAUGGGGUGGGGGGGCGACAUAGCUCAGGAGGUAAGAGUGGUUGUCUGGCAGUCGGAGGGUUGUCGGUUCAAUCCCCCGCCCUGGGCGUGUCGAAGUGUCCCUGAGCAAGACACCUAACCCCAAAUUGUGUGUGUGUGUGAAUGGGUGAAUGAGACGCGUCAAUUGUAAAGUGCUUUGGAUAAAAGCGCUAUAUAAAUUCAGCCCAUAUAAAUUCAGCCCAUUCACCAUUUACCAAUUGACGGGUACUUUGUGAGUUAGACCACCCCCCCCUCCCAGCCCCUGUCUUUUAUGACCUCAUAAAGGGCAGUGGGACUCACUGAAAAGAGCCAUUGACUGGCGUGGGGAAGGGUGGGAGGAGAAGGCUCAGGACCAGUCGUACAGGCCAGAAGGAUGUGUCCUUACUAGAUUGCACCUCAGGGUCACGCUGAGAUUCUGUUUCACUGCAUGUGUGCGUGUGUGUGUGUGUGUGCAUAUGCGUGUGUGCGUUACCAUGGCAAAACAAAUAAGGCCUACUUCAGCCUUCAGUCGGUGGAAAGGGCGUCUGAGAAACACUGUGGCAUCAAAGAGGGCCUCAGACCGUGUGCUGAAGGUUUGCCAGGGCAAUGACUCUGCUCAGGGUUGGCUGCACACUUUCCUUUCAAGAAUGCAUGCAGCUUGCUUUAGUAUUACCACUGUUUGUUUUUAUUGUGGAUUAUUAUGAUUUACUUGGGACAUGUGCUUAUCCAGGUUGGUCUUCACGGCUUAACCUUCAUAGCAGCCCUCCUGCUACUCAGAGUAAUCCAACGUUGGCAAACUUGCUAAAAAGUGCAAUGACUGUGCCCCUUCAGCUGUAGGGGCUUAGAGCCUGCAGCUCCUUUAUUGACUACCAACCUGAGGCGGUCGUGGACCCGGCUCUGGCCGAGGUCUGGCGCUCCCACCUCACUCUUGCACGGUUGCUCUGGCAACCUGCCGAAGAAGGCGUGGAAUGGAAUUCGUCAGGUGUGGUUGUCACACUGCCAUUUCCUGCUGUACCUGUUCAUGCACCCUGUCCCUCUGUGUGCCUAAACCAGUCCCACGGUCCACGUCAGCACUGCACACCUGUUCCACUCUGACGGACACCUACACCGCUUACAUUUACUCCUGCACCUCUCUGCCUUAACACAGACUUUCCUCUGACUCUGUCACUUAACACUUUCUUCUUUCUGCCUUAAACACUUACUCCACUCUGGGUUUACACUUACAGCUCACUCACUCAAGACUUAACUAUUUCUGACUUAACACUUGCAACUCUGACUUGGCAUACGCAUAUCUGGCUUAAUAUACAGCAGCCUGGUUUAACACGUAGAUUCCUGUCUUAACUGGAGCACUCUGCUCUGUACCUGUCCAUUUUCUACGCAACUGUAUUGUUUGGAUUUUUCAUCAUAACUCUCAACCAUUCCAAAGGCGGACCACGUCCCAAGGAUCGCUGUGUUCUGGCGUUUCCGCGGCUCCCCGUCCCAUGUUGGUAGCGCCAGGCUCUGCACAGUCGGGCCAGAAUGAGUCGAUGACAUCACUGCGCAUCUCGGCGGGGGGCCUUCCGGUGCUUUCCUCCAUGACCAGCGGCAUGGACUCGCGCGUCCGCCUCCGCUGGCGCGCCAUCGCGGCCGCCGCCGCCGCCCUGUCCGUCUUCCUCCUGCUCUACCUGCACUGGACUUCGGCCAACGCCGGGCCCCGCCCGCCCAACGGCAACGGCCUCGGCGGGCGGGCGGGCUGGGGGGAGGCGGGGCCGGAGGGAGGGGCGCGCUACAACGACACGUACCCCCUGACGUCGCCCGUGCGCACGGCGCAGGGCGUCCGCUACCGCAUCGGCGUGAUCGCUGACCUGGACACGGCAUCGCACGACCCCAAGGGCCACACCUGGUUCAGCUACCUGCGACGGGGACACCUGCUGGUGUCGGAGAGCGGCGACCAGGUGUCGGUGGAGUGGGACCCGGAGCGGACGGUGCUGGAGAGCCACCUGGCGGAAAAGGGGCGGGGCAUGGAGCUGUCGGAGCUGGUGGCCUUCAACGGGCACCUGUACAGCGUGGACGACCGCACGGGCGUGGUCUACCGCAUAGAGGGCAGCAAGGCCGUACCCUGGGUCAUCCUGCCCGACGGAGAUGGCUCCGUCUCCAAAGGGUUCAAAGCGGAGUGGCUGGCGGUGAAGGACGAGCACCUGUACGUGGGCGGGCUCGGGAAGGAGUGGACCACCACCACGGGGGAGUUCGUCAACGACAACCCGGAGUGGGUGAAGGUGGUGGGUUUCCGUGGCGACGUGAGGCACGAGAACUGGGUGCCGCAGUACACCUCCCUGCGAGACGCGGCCGGGAUCAAGCCCCCCGGUUAUCUGAUCCACGAGUCGGCCGCCUGGAGUGACACUCUGCAGCGCUGGUUCUUCCUCCCGCGCCGCGCCAGCUCCGAGCGCUACGACGAGACGGCGGACGAGCGCCGCGGCACCAACCUGGUGCUCAGCUGCUCGCCCAGCUUCCGCGACAUCACCGCCAGCCGGGUCGGCCCGCUGGACCCCACCCACGGCUUCUCCUCCUUCAAGUUCGUCCCCGACACCGACGACCAGAUCGUCCUGGCCCUCAAGUCCGAGGAGGACGCGGGCAGGAUCGCCACCUACAUCCUGGCCUUCACGCUGGACGGGCGCAUCCUCCUCCCCGAGACCAAGAUCGGGGACGUCAAGUACGAGGGGCUGGAGUUCAUCUAGAGGGACGGGGGGCGGCUGUCUCCGGGGCGCCAUCUUCAGUCUCCUUUUGCUUCCACGGCGUGACACCAUCUUGUGACAUCACCCCCCCCUGCCCCAGCCUGCUCUCUGUGAGGAGGGGAGAUGGCUCCACCCCUCUCAGCCCCCCAGUCUACAGUUGUCCUCUUGCACAGCCGGGUUCUGCGGUCUCUCAUUGCACUGUUUAAAAAAAAUAAUUUAAAAAACUCUCUGCUGACGAAUGUAAAAAGAACAAAACAUAAUGAAUAACUGGCCAGCCAGUCUGAAGGAAGUACUGUGCCUCCAAACUAACACACUGAACACCAGUCAGAUGGACCCAUAAAACUAUCAUGUACUGUACUUUCAGAAACUACGAAUAGACUAUCAAUUGCUAGCUGUUUCUGUGUCAUUUAAUGUUGUUUUUAUUUUAUUUUAUUCAUACCAGAUACAUCGCCUCAUGAUUUAAAUGUGAAGUGUUUUUGGGUUUGGUGGUUUAUUUUCCAGUAAAAAAUUAUUUGUAAAAAGUU